UGAACACGUUGAUAACAUGUGACCGUGUCCGGCGCAAGCAUCGGGGACAAUCGGCCAUGAUGAGAAUGAACAGCCAACCGCUUUCAAUCCGGACAGCCGAAGCCGAUCAGCACUCGGCUCGGUGAGGUCAUAAAGUCCGGGAGAGUCCAUUCUCUACCACCAGCAUUGAUUCACAUUCACCGACCAUGGCUACGCUGCAGCAACCCAUGAAUGCGUUCACCAGAGACUAUGUCUCGAUCUCCGACCACGCAUUGAUCGGAAACUUGCACACCGCAGCGCUCGUCAGCACCGAUGCUUCCAUCGAAAGUUACUGCAUUCCAAACUUCGAUUCCCCGUCUGUCUUUGCGCGCAUCUUGGACAAGAAGAAGGGCGGACACUUCUCGAUUACACCCACGGUCCCGUACAACGCCAAGCAGAACUAUGCAUCUAGCUCUAACGUUCUACAUACCAAGUUUAUGAACGAAGGAGGGGUGGUCACCAUCACUGACUUCCUGCCCCGUCAACCCGUUCUGCCUCUCGGUGGGACCAAGCAUCCACUCCUUCCGUGGCUAAUCCGACGCGUCGAGGUCGUUCGCGGCACCGUCCCUCUCCGCGUCGAAUGCGCCCCCGCCUUCAACUACGCACGAUCCAAGCACACGACUGACAUCGUCCCCUCGCACUCUGACGGCACCAGCAAAGCGGUCUUUCAAUCUGACCUUCUCACCCUGGACCUUCGCUUCGUACCCGAAAGCACCAUGCCGAACGUUCCUGCGCCGCAGAUCGACCUGGCCCUGCUGGAUCUAUCGGAGCUUGGACAUCUGGGACACGCUAUCCAAAGCGAGAUGACACUCACCGAGGGCCAAUGCGUGACCUUCGUGCUACGCCAUCUGCCGAGCCCGGCUCAAGCUGGGUCGGUCCUGCCUAGAAGUGAUCCGCCCUUGACUGUGGACUUUGUGAACAGUCUUCUCACCGCAACGAACAAGUACUGGCUCGAUUGGAUUCGGCAGUCGACGUACAACGGCUCGUGGAAAGAAGCUGUCCAUCGCAGCGCCCUAGCCUUGAAGCUGCUUAUCUAUGAGCCUACCGGUGCGGUUGUGGCGAGUCCGACCUUCAGCCUACCAGAGUACAUCGGCGGGACACGGAACUGGGAUUAUCGCGCAUCCUGGAUUCGUGACUCGUCGUUCACGCUCUAUGCGCUGAUCCGACUGGGGUUCACCAAAGAAGCAGAUGCUUACAUGGAAUUCAUCUUCGAGCGGCUACGAAACAAGAACCCCGAUGGCAGUUUGCAAAUCAUGUACACUAUCCAUGGGGGCUCAGAACUCGAAGAGAUCGAGUUGACCCAUCUUGAUGGACAUAAAGGAUCAAAGCCAGUGCGGUGCGAUCUGUGUCUGCUGGCUCCAAAGACACAAGCUCAUCACUGGCUUUGCAAGGAUUGGAAAUGGGGCCGCAGAUCAUGUUCAGUUGGAUAUCUACGGUGAACUCAUGGAUUGUAUCUAUCUUGGCCAGAAGUCUGGGAGACCGUUAUCUUAUGACACAUGGCUCUUGGUGCGAGACCUAGUGGACUACGUCGUCGCAAAUCUGCACCAACCAGAUUUAUCUAUCUGGGAAGUCAGAAACAAGAAGCGGCAUUUUACGUAUUCCAAAGUGAUGCUUUGGGUCGCUAUCGAUCGUGGCCUCCGUCUCGCAGACAAACGGUCCCUUCCCUGCCCGAAGCGUCUGGAGUGGCUCGCUGCUCGUGAUGCACUGUACGAGGAGAUCAUGACUAAAGCAUGGAACCCGGAGAUGCAGGUCUUCGGUCAAAGCUACGAGGAUCGCGACAUUCUCGAUUCUGCGGUGCUGAUUAUGCCGUUGGUGUUCUUCAUCCAACCGAGCGACCCCCGAUUCAUGGGGACGCUGCGGCAGAUCCUGAAAACGCCGGAACGCGGCGGGCUGACUGCCAAUGUGAGCCAUCUGGGCGGCAGGAUCAUGACACGGGACUGAUUGUACGCAGAACUUGGUCUACCGCUACGAUGUGAGCAAAGCUGAUGAUGGUGUUGGUGGCGAGGAGGGCACAUUCUGUCUCUGCACCCUUUGGUGUGUCGAGGCACUGACACGUGCCGGUGAAUACGACCUGCCAAUGCUGCAGCGGGCUGUCUCGAUGUUUGAGGACUUUUUGCUCUACUUGAACCACGUGGGCCUGUGCACCGAGGAAAUAUCUGAUGCUGGCGAAGGGUAAGCACGCUUCAUGUGGCUUCCGUCCGGUAUCUCAACUUCGCCUUCUUUCUUCCAGUCUUGGGAACGCCGUUCAAGGAUUCACGUAUGUUGUCCACCUCGUCGAUUUUUCGCUCGCAUUCAUUGCUGCUUUAGGCACGUGACGUUGAUUUCUGCUGCUUAUAACUUGUCGAGGACCAUGACCAAGAAAACCAAGUUCUAAUCGUCCUUGUAAUGAUUUGGCGAAAUAUAGAUCAGAAUGUACUGUGCAAGAACGAAGAGAUGAUAUUUUACGCUGCUACGAGUCGAUCUAGUUUUCGUCAUUCGAUCGGAAUGUUUGGGACAAGCACACGAGGCCGAAAACUUGACCACUAGAUGUUUGAUCAACCGGGGGUCGUGAAAGUGUCAAACGGCAUGGGAUGGGCAACGAAAAUCAUUUGGAUCGAUCACGCGACCACUUCUACGUCGCUCAAAACGCAGCACUUGAGUUACUGAAGACCAUUAAGUACUGCAGUUGUGGCAAGAGCAGCCACUAGGGCUAACAAAGCUUAACAAG